AUGGCGAUACCGGCAUUGGCAGCGAGAAUCGCGGAGACGACGGCAUCCAACGUGGGAUCCAGUGGGAUGGAAUCAUGGAAGAACCAACUCCGCGACAUCCGAAAUCCAGAGCCGCAGCUCGUGGAGGUCGACGAAGUGGUCGGCGGGCAAAUCGGACGUCCAACGCGACGCCACUGGAAAAACCGUCGGGGCGAUUGGUUCCGACAGGCUGAGGCACUCCGUAUGCCGCUCCACCCCCAGAUGGAUUUCUUCACCGAAACGCGCCAGGCAAGGCGCCAUGCACAGCUGAUCCCGUUUGCUUCUCCCUCUAUCCCGACUUCCUCCCCUCCUUCCAUGUCCUCGGUGGACGACGAUCGCUCCUCCGGUCGACACGAGGCUAGAAAGCGACCGAACGUCCAGGGGAGCAGCUGUGUUUCUCCGAACCACCAACCACAUCGAAUCCGUGACAAAUCAAACGACGGCCGACAGAAAUUUCGCCGCCGCCGGUGGAGCGACUCCAUUAUGACUCCAGACUGCUCGCCGAUGUCGGUCACCCACCGAAGUGCCUCGUGCGCCCGUUGGAAAUUGCGCAGAGUUUGGGCCUUUUAG